AUGAAGAGUAUGCUGGUUUUUCUGCUGAUCAUCCUGAAUGAAGCCAGACCGACCGCAGCCUGCAGCAGCAGCUGUCCGUUAAACUGUCACUGCGAAAACAGAGGCCUAAGCAGUGUUCCUCAGGACCUGCCUACAAGCAUCGGCACCCUGUGGCUGUAUAACAACGUCAUCACAACCUUAAGCCAGUCUGACUUCUCCAGGUACAGCAGACUGCUUGGAUUACAUUCUAGUAACAACCAGAUCUCCGUCAUCAACCCCAGAGCUUUCUACAACUUAACCAGGUUAAGACAACUGUCUCUUGAAUUUAACCGAUUAACCAGUCUGAGAGCUGACAUGUUUGUGGGACUUGUUAACCUGAUGCACCUUUUCCUGCUUUACAACAACAUACACAGUAUCGAGGCAUCGACCUUCAAUGCCACCCAGCAGCUCCGCCUUCUUGACCUUCGGGACAACCACCUCACCACCUUUGCAACAAGCGUUUUCGUAAAUCUGACUCAGCUCAGCACUCUUUUACUUAGUGGUAACAGCAUGGAGACUCUACCAGUCAUGGCAUAUGACAUACUGGCCUCCACCCAAACUGUAGACAUCUCUAACAACCCCUGGCAGUGUGACUGCAGGAUGCUUCCCUUUAAGCAACGAAUGACCGGGUCUUAUGCAUUCGAGAGCCAGAUCAUCUGUGCCGGACCUGCUAACCUUACAGGGAAAAGCUUACUGCAUGACGUAAAUACUGACGAUCUGUUCUGUGAAGAGACAACAACAACAUCUGUUGUUCUACUGGAAGCUACGACUGUUUCUUCCGGUUCGUACUUCCACCCAGUCUUCCUCAUUGGGUUUAUAAGCGCGGCCAUCGGACUUCUCACCUCGGCCAUUUUCCUUGCGAUCUGGUGUGUAAAGAAGAGAGUCAAAACGCGCCCUGCCCCUGUGGCAGACCUCAGUGAUGUUCACAGCAACAUAAACAACGCACCAACCAGAGGUCAUUAUCACGCAUGGCAGGGUGCCUCCACUGCAAGGUCGGGAACAGUCCCGCUUCCGCACAGCUUUGAUCAGAGUUCUUCGGUUCUGCGGCCUCCACUUCCACCCAUCAUGAUCAAGGCAGCAGCUCCACAUCAGGAUUACCAACAGGACGUUCAAGCAGAUGUGCAUGGUGCUGAUGCUUUAAAGAACUACGUACCUCUGAACAGGCAUUUCAUCUAUCAGCAAACCCGCGAAUCCCGGCUGCCCAAAGGUCUGGCAGCUCCGUAG